AUGUCAUUUCCAAAUCCGCCGGCUUAUGAUCAAGUGGUCCCACCGGCCUACAAUCCGGAUUACGCGCCCACCCAACCAGUCUACCACACCAACAACCAUACAACCGCUCCACCUUACAACUUUCAUGAUAACGGAGGAUUCGAGAACGUCGCAGAUGUUCACUCUCCAGUCUACACAACCAUCGCAUCUGGACCAAUGCCAUGCUCAACAAUCAUUAUCCGGCUUGAGCCCCAUGCAACCAAACUGCAGUGUCCAUAUUGUCGAACGGACCACGAAGUCAAUGCUUGUUCAAAAAGAGGGAAAGUAUCGUGUUCGUCUGUCAACUGA